CUGCGUGAGAGAGCAGCAGAAACACCUACGCAUCCCCGCACCUUCUUCCCAUGUACGCUGCCUGGUUUAUACGAGUGCGGAUUUUUACUAACCUUGGAACUCACCCGACCGCCACGAUGGUUCACCAUUCCGGAUCCAUACAGUCCUUCAAGCAGCAGAACAAGGGCAUGCACACCAGUAUUAGCGAGAUACUGAAGGAGAAGACCCUGAAGCCAUCUCGUCGCAGUCUGCCCUGUCUGGCUCAGAGUCAGACACAUCCUCACAACCUCAACCACUUCCUCUCUGUGCCUCUGAGUCCGGAGCCCAAAGCAGACACAAACACCCACAGCGUCAGUGCCUCCUGCACACACAUCACCACUCCAACCACAGAUACAAGUAAGGAUCAGUAUGCUGAGGAGAUGGAGACAGGAGCAUAUGAGUCCAGAGCAGACGAAUCUUUCCUCAUCCAGCAGAAGCCGGUUUCCAGAGGCAAGCUGGAGGCUCGUGCAGACUCUGUCCGGGGGAAUAAUCCAGCCAUCCCUUCUGGACUCACGUUUCGAGAUGGGAAGAAGCGUAUUGAUUAUAUCCUGGUGUAUAAGAAGUCCAGCCCUCAGGUUGAGAAGAGAUGUACAUUCGAGAGGAACUUGCGUGCAGAGAGACUGAUGCUUGAGAAAGAGCCCUCUCUGACCAAUAAUGACAUCAUGUUCGUGAAGAUACAUGCUCCAUGGGACACGUUAUGUAAAUAUGCAGAGCAAAUGAACAUCAGAAUGCCUUUCAGGAAAAAGUGCUACUUCUCAGACUGGAAGAAGAAAACCUUGGGCAGUCGCUUUCAUCUGAGAUGCCGUCAGGUGAAAAGUUGGCUGCCGAGGAACCCAAUGAAGCUGGAUAAAGAGGCUCUGCCUGAUCUGGAGGAGUCAGACUGCUACACCGCCCCCUUCAGCAGAGCCAGAAUGCACCAUUUUACCAUCAACAACAGAGAUUCAUUCUUCUCCAACUCCACCAGAAGCAGAAUAGUGCAUCAUGUUCUACAGCGCACCAAGUACGAGGACGGCAAGUCAAAGAUGGGUAUAAAUCGGUUGCUUGGCAAUGGCACCUAUGAAGCUGCGUUUCCCCCACAUGAGGGAAGCUACAAAAGCAGGCACCCGAUAAAGACCCACGGGGCUCAGAACCACAGGCACCUGCUCUACGAGAGAUGGGCUCGCUGGGGAAUCUGGUACAAGUACCAGCCCCUGGACCUCAUACGGAGGUAUUUUGGGGAGAAGAUAGGUCUGUAUUUUGCAUGGCUGGGCUGGUACACAGGCAUGCUGAUCCCGGCAGCACUGGUUGGUCUUUUUGUCUUCCUUUAUGGCCUUUUCACCAUGGACUCCAGCCAAGUGAGUAAAGAGAUCUGUGAGGCCAACACCACCAUCAUGUGCCCCAUGUGUGAAGUCAACUGCAGCGCCUGGAAAUUAAGUGACAGCUGCGUCUAUGCAAAGGUGACUCAUCUUUUUGACAAUGGAGGCACAGUCUUCUUUGCCAUCUUCAUGGCUAUAUGGGCCACUGUCUUCCUUGAAUUCUGGAAGAGAAGAAGGGCGGAGCUUACCUACGACUGGGAUUUAAUUGACUGGGAGGAGGAAGAGGAGGAACUGCGGCCUCAGUUCGAAGCCAAGUACUCGCGGAAGGAGAGAGUGAACCCCGUCUCAGGCAAACCAGAGCCUUUCCAGCCCUUCACCGACAAACUCAGCCGCCUCAUGGUCUCGGUGUCUGGAAUCUUCUUCAUGAUCUCUCUGGUGUUGACAGCUGUGUUCGCUGUGGUGGUUUUUCGGCUGAUUGCCAUGGAGAAGUUUGCCUCCUUCCAGUGGGAGUUUGUGAAGAAGAACUGGCAGUUUGCCACCUCUGGCACCGGAGUCUGCAUUAACUUCAUGAUCAUCAUGUCCCUCAAUGUGGUUUAUGAGAAAGUGGCCUAUCUGCUGACAAAUCUGGAACACCCACGGACCGAGUCAGAAUGGGAGAACAGCUUUGCCCUCAAGAUGUUCCUUUUCCAGUUUGUCAACCUGAACAGCUCCACUUUCUACAUAGCGUUCUUCUUGGGAAGGUUUGCUGGCAGGCCCGGAGACUAUAAUAAGCUGUUUAACCGCUGGAGAAUGGAGGAGUGUCAUCCCAGCGGUUGUCUUAUUGAUUUGUGCCUGCAAAUGGGAGUGAUCAUGGUGCUGAAGCAAAUCUGGAACAACUUCAUGGAGCUGGGCUAUCCGCUUCUUCAGAACUGGUGGUCCCGGCGCAAGAUGAGGCGAGCAGGAGAGCAGAAUAAUGUGGAGUGUAAAGAAAAGAUGCCUCAGUGGGACAAAGACUGGAACCUGCAGCCUAUGAACGCCCAUGGCCUUGUGGACGAGUACCUGGAGAUGGUUCUUCAGUUCGGGUUCACCACCAUCUUCGUGGCAGCAUUUCCUCUGGCUCCUCUGCUGGCUCUGCUCAACAACAUCAUAGAGAUCAGACUGGAUGCAUACAAGUUUGUGACGCAGUGGAGGAGACCCAUGCCGGCUAGAGCAACUGAUAUUGGUAUCUGGCAUGGUAUCCUGGAGGGCAUUGGAGUGGUGGCUGUCAUUACAAAUGCCUUUGUCAUCGCCAUCACCUCUGACUAUAUUCCUCGCUUUGUGUAUGCCUUCAAAUAUGGGCCCUGUGUGGACAAGGGCUACCGGCAUGAACAAUGCCUGAGAGGAUAUAUGAACAGUAGCCUGUCUGUGUUUGAUAUGGGUGAGCCACAGAAUGAAAGUCAGUAUCAGACACGAUACUGCAGAUAUCGGGACUACAGAGCACCGCCGUGGAGCUCAGAGCCCUACGAGUUCACCCUGCAGUUCUGGCACGUACUCGCCGCCAGACUGGCCUUCAUCAUCGUCUUCGAGCACCUGGUGUUCGGCAUUAAGACCUUCAUUGCCCACCUGAUCCCAGACAUGCCUAAAGACCUGUGUGAGCGCAUGCGCAGGGAGAAGUACCUGAUGCAGGAGAUGAUGUAUGAAGCUGAGCUGGAGCACCUGCAGAAGGAGAGGAAGAAGAACGGCAAGCGUUAUCACCAUGAGUGGCCUUAGCUGUGUCUGACAUAUAUCAGACUGACAUAUCAUACACACAUAUCAUAUACACACAGACACACACACACUCACACAUACACUAAAACAAACAGUCAUGUGAGAACACGCACACAAACACACACACACACACACACACAUGCAUUAAAGACACUGACAUGGACCUUCAGUGGACGACCAUGCAGGAAACACAAAAGAGCAGCACAUUUGCAUUAUUUACACACAUAUUUGCAUGUCCAUCCUGCAGCUUUGGGUGGCUAGCUUUACUGGAUUAUGUGCUGCCCACUACUGGAUUUCACUGCUGAUGAAUCAGAUGGUGAAACUGGACAGCCCUCCAGAGUGGGCGGCUCUGCUCUGCACCAAAAAGGGUCCUCCCUGAGUCACGUGACUCCUGCCUGAGGCCCUCCUAUCAUCCUCUCUGCUCCCUCUGGCCACCUGCUGAGUUUUUCUUGCUGAAUGUGAGCGCUCUGGCUUGGAUCCCGGCACUUUGACCGUCUUCUGUCCACCUCUGCUCUUUCCUGACCGGCCUUCUCCAGCUUCUCUCUCUCCGCGGUGUCAAAAGGGAACAGGACGCCCGUGCAAUUGUAUUUUUUACUAUGCAGGCGGAGGGGUUUGGGGUUCUACCUCAAUAUACGCCCCCUUCGUCACUCUUUCUAGCACCCCUCAUCUUUCUGUCUCUUUAUCUCUCUCUAUUUAUUUAUUCAUUUAUUUAUCUGUCUGACUCCUCUGUCACUCUGUUUUACUUUGCUUCAAACUCCCUUCCUUCAUCUUCCUUCCUUAAAAGUCUUUGUUUGUAUCUCUUCUCUGACUUCUGUUUUGCUUCUUCUCUCUUUCUUUGUCUCUAACUAUGUAUCUGUCUGACUUCUCUUUCUCUAUUUGACUUUCUCCUUUUUUAUUUCUCUCUGUCUUUAUAACGUCUCUAUCACUAUUUAAGUCUUUGUCUCCGACUCCUUUUCUUUAUCUUUACCUUUCUCUGUAUCUCCUCUUUAUUUCUCUUUUUGUCUCUGACUCGCUUUUUAUAUUUAUCUCUCUCUAACUGCUCAAUUUAUUUCUAUGUGGGCCCUAUUUUCCAUCCUGCGCAAGGCGCGUCACAAUGCUCAUUGCUAUCUCACACCCUGCCACCAGUCUAUUUUCACACCUUUCACCUGCGCUGUUUAAAUAGCAAUGCUGCUUGUGAAUAUAUCUUUGCUAAUGGGUGUGGUAGUCUGGAAGUAAGGUGUGUUCAGGUACAUUUCUGGCGAAUUGCUAUGUUGGCAAUGGAAAACACAGGUGCACCACUGACUGAAUACAACCUUGACAACAGUCAACAGUCAGAUGUUCAUUGCUAUCUUGGCCUGUUCCGUUUGGCAGCUAUGCAAACUUGUACAUCAACAAAAAACUGAAUACAAAAUAAAAUAACAUUAUUUUACUUUAACACAAAAUAUAGCACAUUUGUCCUAUAUUACUUUUGUUAGUGUUGCUAAUUCAGGAGUGAAAUUCAGCCUGCUUCACCUUGGAGAUGUUUGAUGGACUCCUGGAGUUUUCCCAUAAUUGACUUGCUCACUUUCAAAGCAGGUCAGUUUUCUCUGCAGAGAAGCAAUAGAGACUUUCAGUUAGCUGCAUCGCUGAAAUAGCAAUCCGCCAAAAUCAGAGGGCACCUGGCUCUUAAAGGGAAUGGCAAGUGACGUGCUGAUUAGUUUAUUUCAUGUUACGCCCAAAGCACACCUAUGAUUAAUAAAAAUAAUUCAUUAGGAGACAUGCCUGCGCGUUGUGAGCUGUGCCAGGUGUUCUUUUUCAGUCGUUUCAGUCAUUAUAAAGACACACUGACACGCCCUAAAUCCUUCCCUUUCUGCCUCUCUCUUAUUUCUAUUUUUUUUUACUAAUUCCUUUUUUUCUCUUUUUUCAAUCUUUUCUUUUUUCUUUCUUGUUUUUUCUGUCCUUAUUUUGUAACUUAACUACUUGUUGUUUUUUACUAUUUUAAAUUUUUUAUUCUCUAUUUUGUUUUCUCUUUUUUUUCUUUUUUUUUUAAAGUUCUCCCCGUCUCUCUGGCAGCUAAUGUCUCACCUUCUCCUGCUCUCUGUCUGAAUCUCUCUCGCUUUAGCACAGUUAGCCUCUGUGGCUCAGUGUUUUCUACUCCUCUGAGCGCUCUUGACACCAACCGGCUCCUUCCACCUCUGACCUCUCGCCAGCAUCUCUCACGCUCUCUUCUUUACACACCUCUGCAGACUAUUUUGGUAAUGUGACUACCAAAAAAAAGACAUUGUUUAUGCAAAAGACAGCAAUUGAUAUAAAUAUACAUAUAUAGAAUAUACUGUAUAUCACAUUAACAUAGCAUGCAGAUGAUGGUACAUUUUUUCCAAUGUUUUAUAGACUAAUUUUAUCUGUAACUAUUUAUUGUUUUUUUUGUUUGUUUUUUUUUUUUUUUCAUCUGUCUUUUUGUGAGAAGGUUGAGUCCUUGCCCAGAUGCCUGGCUUUAUACUCUGUGUGAUAUGAAUCAUGAAUCAGAUGUGGAUGUGUGUUGAAUUUUGUGACUUGGAGCAGUUUGGUAUACUGUAUAUUUUGUGUGCCUGCAGUUGCUUGUGAUCUAUGUGUUCAAGUCUACAAAUAUUUUAUAGUUUUCACCGUGACAGAGAGAGGUGCAAUCACAGAAGUGAAGCCUAUGUGAAAGCCUGUUUAUUAUUAUCACUUACUUUUACAUCGCCUAUGUAAUAUGCAAGGGUGUAGGCUAGUGUUGUAGUGCUCAAGUCCGGUCCAAAAAUUAGUCUCAACCUUGUUUGGAAUUGGUCUUGUCUCGGUCUCUUGGUGAGGUGGACUCUGAGACUGUGGACAAGACUGGCCAAAUCCGAGUCCUCUGAGGUAAGGUUCAUUAGAAACUGAACCCUUUUUCUAUCCUUGCUGAACAUCAACAAUUCAUUCAAACAGUCCUUUCUCUGUGUGCCUAAAAUCUGCAGAUU